UGACGAGCCGCUGGCGCUGAUGGCGGCGGGGCUGGCGGAGGGUCGCACCGAGGAGGGAGAGCGAGGAGGCGGGGAACCGGAGAGACAGAGAGAGGAGGCCCCGGCGGUGCCGAGCACCAACACACGGACGGACGAACAGUAAUCACACCGACAACAACAGCAGCGAGGCCCGCAGACGGACGCGGAAGAGGAUGGACGGAAGGACGGAGUGUUCAGGCCCUCUUAUUGGCCGUCAUCCUGUCUCACUCCACCAGCCGGUACUCUACCACAGCUGCAGUACUUGUGGUGUUUAGCGUCAGUCAUCAGCACCACUACCUGUGUUUGCUAGUUGAGAUUUAUUGAACCAUCAGAGAGUCCGCAGCUGUAAGGGGUGCUACUCGGAUUUUGUUGCUAACAGACCUGCAGCUACAACCAUAGGCCCCUGAAUCAUUUCUAUCUUGUUGUAAUCUUUCUGGUGAUGAGCUCAAACAAGCACAAACAAAACAAGUAUCCCACCUGCUCUGAAAAUGUAGAUUAGCUUCAUUUUGAGGCUACUUGAGGUUAGCAGCUAAGAGCUAGUGCACCAAACACCUGCCCCCCUCCAGAAGUAAAAUUCAGUCAGAAAACAAAUUAGCUAAAAAUGUAGUUGGAUUCUGACCAGGAUCACGUGUUUAGUUGCUAACGGCUAGUUAGCGGCUAGUGGUGAGCAGGUAGCGGUGGCGCGGGGCUAAGUCCGGGCAGAGCAGGGGUGCGAUGGAGUACCACUCCGGUGGCAGCCUGCCCCUGCUGGGGAGACCGCGGUACUGCCCCGGGGCCAACGCUAAUGGAGGAUACCUGUGUGAGACGGGACACUGCUGCGGAGAGACCGGCUGCUGCACCUACUACUACGAACUCUGGUGGUUCUGGCUGCUGUGGACCGUCCUCAUCCUGUUCAGCUGCUGCUGCGCUUACCGACACCGCCGAGCCAAACUGAGAGUCCAGCAGCAGCAGAGACAGAGGGAGAUCAGCCUGCUGGCCUACCAUGGAGCAAGCUCCUACCCCUCCUCCAUGCUGGACCUCAGUUUCCUGGCGUCUCUUAAGUUGCCCUCCUAUGAGGAGGUGGCCGCUCAGCCGUCAACCCCUCCUCCACCCUACAGCUCUGUGUUCACUACCCCACGCUACCCGCAGCCCCCCCGCACUGUCGACCCUCACCUGCUCACGCAGCAUGGCCCACUGCUGCACCGGCCGCUCAGCGAUGGUCCCUCCUCACUCAGCUCUGAUAACAGCUCCAGUUGUUCCUGCGACUCCUGCUGCCCCUCCUCUCCGUGUAGCUCCUCCCUAUCGGCACCUGUCACGUAUGAGACAGACACAAGCCACGCCUCCACGCCCAGUGAGGCCGCGCCCCUCACUCUUGAUGUCACCAUGGAAACCAUCACCGCCGGGGCAACCUGCUUAGAGGUAAAUGAGACACGAUUUGCCUCUGAGAGGAUGGUUGCCACGGUGGCCAUUGACGUCAGCGAAGCAGACGCUGCCGGAGCUCAGGAACCUGUUGCCACGGACUCACCGGUUCCCAACCAGACUGUUACUGUGGCCGUUGUUACUAGGGCAGCCUCCCCUCAACCUCUGCCCUCUCCUGGUUCUGAGGUUGCCAUUCCUGUUGGAAGUACGUCCCCCAUAAAUCAACAGCUUGAUCUAACACCGUCUACCCAAAUAGUUAGCACCUGUAGCUCAAGUACACUCCCUAGUCCAAGUGCUGUUGACACAGCACUCCCCACCAUCCAAAUAAUCAGUAUUGAGGACCCAUCUGAGUGCCCUGAAACUACCCCUGCCCCGAAAAUCACUUCAGGCCCUUCUACACCAACAGAUAGCACUUCUGACAGACCCACAGCCAACCUAACCCCAGAAACCCUCAAUCUCACAAGAACUUUUGAUACAUCCAACGUUCCUAGUAGCCCAGCCUCAGUACUGUCCCCAAAUGUUGGAAGAACUUUGGCCCUGAUAACAGGCUCUGCUGGUCUCCCAACCCUGGACCCAAAUCCUAGCCUUGUGCCAAUCUCGGCACCUUCAAACCCUACCCAAGCUCCGGACCCAGUACCUUCAAACCUUACCCAGACUUCAAUUGAAGUACCUUCAAAGCUUACCCAAGCUCCAGACCCAGUGCCUACAAACCUUAACCAAGCUGCAGACACCGUACCUACAAACUUUACUCAAUCUCCAAAAGCAGUACCCACAACCCUUACACCUUUUCCAGACCAACUAUUGCCAAAUCUUACCCAGGCUCCAGAGUCAGUACCUUCAAACCUGAUCCCCUCUCCAGAACCAAUAUUGCCAAACCUUACCCAAGCUCCAGAGCCAAUACCUUCAAACCUUACCCCAGUGCCAGACCCACAAACUAAAACCACCCUCGUACCUGAUUCCUCACUCAACCAUGUUCUAACUCCCGCACAUUCAAACCUUACCCUAGCUACAGAUGCAGCACCCACUUCACCCACAUUAUCCCAUUGCCAGAACCCAGAGCUGUCACCUGGGUCAGGUCUUACCCUGGUUCCUCCCAGCCCCAUGUCAGAUCUGCCCAAACAGCCGGGGGCUGUAGCUGUUCUUGAAUCUUGUUUAGAUCCAGAUACAGCACUGGCUGAUUCGGGUCCUUGUCUGGUCCUGACUCAGUUGUCAGGGUCAGACAUUAUCGGCCCAUUACCAUCAAAUAUCCAGACUGGUUUAAGCUCUGGAUCUGGUUCUGGAUCAUGCUCUGGUGUUGGUUCCAGAUCAGGUACACUGCACUGUCCUGCCCCAGUGCUCACCUUCCCAACACCUGUAUCCUCCUCUUCCUCCUCUUCCUGCCCAGCCAUAACCAUAGAGUUGGAAUCAAAUUUUGCUCCUCUUCAGUCACCCCGCUCAGCCCUCUCCCCAUCCUCACCCGCAUCCCUUCCCUCUCCUACGUUUCUCCCCUCCCCUCCAGCCCUGCCUUCCUCCUCCCUCCCAGCCCCAGCUUUACUCCUGGACCCCCUCACAGCUCUGCACCAGUCCGACAAAGGUGCAUCGUCGUCUGGCCAUGCUUCCUCACUCUCCCCCUCACCUCGUGCCACUCAGUCCCCUCCAAAACAGACUCUCUUCUCCCCCUGUGUGGACAUCUUUGAACCAGGACCUCCCAACUGGGAGGAUGGAGAGGAAGAGCAGGAGGAGGAGGACAACGAUGAUGAUGAGGAAGAUGACAUGGGAGCCGAUGAGAGCCAGUAUAGACAUCGACGACUAACUGGUGACUCUGGGAUCGAGGUGUGCAGGUGUCGGGUAGAGGAUGAAGAUGAUGAAGAGGAGGAGGAAGAAGAGGAGGGGGAAAGGAAGGAAGAUGGUAGGAGAGGUGGAGGAGGAGACAGGGAUAAAAAAGGAGGUGGAAACACUGAUCUCCAUGAUAGUGUGGACUGCCCCGUCAGAGGUCAGAUAACCACAGGGGAAGGACUUACACUGUGUAACCCCACCUCCACCACUACACCAACAUCAGAGGACAGUGGAGAAGUCGUCAUUGUCAUGGAGACCGUGUGAUUGACAUCAAUGGGCAGAUCACAGCAUUCGUCAUCCAAACAAGGGAUGAAGAGAAAGUAAAUUAUGGCAUCCACCCUUAAAACUGUUUUUGGAAAUUGUUCUGUAACCAGGAGUUUGUCAACGCAGAUGUUGAUGAGUCACAUCAUAUCAAUACAUGUUGCUACUUCAGCAGCUGUUAGUCAGACCAGCACAGGUACCGGAUGGGUCACAGGAAGAAAUUCAACAGGAAGCAUUUCCUCAACUCUAACUGCGAGUUGAAAUUUUAAUUAACCGUGGUUCCAGGCUUCUGCAUGGUGAGUACCGGUGUGUUUAAAUAGGAGGAGAGGUGUUACUCAGAUUGCAUCCAAGGUUGAUAAAGUUUUACAGCCUCUAUAGAACCACUUGAGAACUGUUUUCAGCUAUUUGUAAAAUUUCAAGAAAGAUUAGGACCCUUGCUUUCCAUUUGAUUCCAACAGAGUAAAACUGGAGAGUUGUCUAUUUAUGAGGAAUGCCUAAAUCUCCACCAGAGGGUAUGAUCAGAGAGUGACCUGAAACAGCUUGCUUCGACAUGUCUGUAGAUCAAUUCAGAAAUGUUGUCAGUCAGAGUGAACAGCCUAAUAAUUUGGAUUUGUUUGUAGAGGUUAAAAGUGACACCGUUCACUGUCUUAUCUUUAGCUCUAAUUUCCAAAAUACUUAGAGUUUCAGAAGAGUCGGUCAAACGUACCCAGUGGAGUUACAUUCAGUCUGUCUCUAAAGCUCGUUGUUUGUAUCCUUGAAGCCUGAAAAAUAUGUUGAAUUAAUUCCCUUCCUCAUAUUUUAAAGGGAUAUUCCUCCGAUUUUACGUUUACCAGAGGAAGAAAGAUCUGAUGAAGGAUGCCAUUGUGUUUUUCUAAGUGGACCCUGCUUCAGUUUUAACUAUUCUUGUUUUACUCCAUAUAUGUCCAUGUACAUCCCCACGUGAAUGUAAACCAAAAUGGGAACCUGCCUAUCAAAAUAUUGUUCCAUAGCAUUAAUACUGAUCCACAGGGUACCUUCAACCUGAACUACUAGUCAUUAUAAGCUUGCUAACCAGCCAGCAGCAGAUUUUAAAGGAUACUUUGGUUAGCUAACAAGCUGAACUUCCUGAAAACAAAAUCAGUGAGGAUCAGACUGAAAUGCAAAUUGGCCAUCAAUCAUUCAUUUUCAGGUCUGUUGACAGAUAUCAAAGCAGGUUGUUAAUCACAAAGCUAAUCCUGAGUCCAUGUCUUAUGGGAGGUACCGUAAUUAUCAGUUACCAACUUGUAAAUAGCGCUCACACAUCAGCAUCCAAGUAAUUAAUGAAUUAAGACUCUGACACUGAUCUUUUUGAAACUUUGCACUUAAUAAUACAGCAUCAAAAAUCUGUCGUUCAAAGUAGUUAAAGGUUGGUAUAAUAGAUAUAGAGCUGCAUUGACCAUGCACAGGAUUUUUUUUUUUUUCUGUAGUCAUACGGCUGUGUCGAUUGGUCCAAUGACGUCCACACUCACAAGUCACAAACGUCAGAAUCAUUCCCAUCUCCGCUUUCCGUCCCACAUAAAGACUGCGAACGUGGUCGCCUUGGUCUGCUUUAUGCCUCUGACAGAAAGUACAUAGUGUUUCUUGCAUCUAUCUGUCAACAACAAGAAAAGAACAACUUUAAAUAGUUGAAGAUUUAGCAGAAGACACCUCGCUUGUCUUGGGCACUGACAGGGGUUUGGAAACGUGCCGGGGACAAAUUGGCUGUUUUGGAAAUGAAGAGAGACUGAUGUAGGAGGAUGAUUCACUCUGACUGACAGAGGGAAGACUGAUUCAUUCAUUAGAGGGAAUGAUUUGAUGAAGAAGUCUGUCAGGAAAGCAGAAUUAGGUGGGUAGUUUAUGAAACGGGAGAGACAGCUUCUCAGAUUUGAUGCGACCGUGGCAACUUGAUCCUAUAUGGAAGGUUUUAGGGCGGAGGGAUCGGCUGGUUUCCUGUGCGUUGGCCUUUCAGCAGAGAAAAGCUUUUGCAUAAAUAGGAAUAAACAAUGGGCGCUGUUAGACAGAAACAAAGCACCAAACAGAACAGAGAUGAGAGCACGUCAUCAUUCCCGUCUUUGUCUCUUUUUCUGAAUCUGAGGUCAGAUGGAACAACACAGACGCCACAGAAGCUACUUUCAGUCCCUGUCUAAACUCUGAAAUUACCUUUCACAUUGUGCAUGUCUCAAUUCAUAGACACCUCUCCUUUUUUGUCAUUCAGAAUUCUUAAUAAAUUCUACAAAAAUCACCAAACAAGUCGAGCUUUUUCAGGGCCUUCAAAAUGACAGUAACCUCAAUCAAUAAAUCGUUAAAAACUACAGAAGCCGAGUCAUUAGAAUUUAUUUUUAGGCCAUUGUUGUAUAUUACAUAUUAAUGUAUUUGUACACUGUCAGGUUGAUAGGCGUGUCAAUAUUGAUAUUUUGUGACAGAAAGACUUAAAGGUAGAGUAUAUUUUGUCAAUGACAGAGUGUUAGUAACAUUUGUAUUGUACAUGCUGGUGUAUUUCUAACCACCUUAGCAUCUGAAAUUAGUGAAGAGCAAUAUUUUUCAUCAGCAAGAGUCUGUGUGUAAAUAACCCCCUCCAGAAAAUUCAGGACAGCUGCUUCAGGAAGGGUUGAUAGCAAAGAAAAGCAUUGUCAUUGUUGGGUGAGAACCUUGUUACUCCAGUUCAGGUGAUUGGCCCUGUCGUUUGGGCAAUUGCCACACUAUUAGCUCGAUAAAAAUCUGUCCUGAACCCUCCAGACAAACUGAAAAAUGCAUCAGGGUGAAGAAGAAAACAGUCAACACCUUGGAGAUCUGACAUUUUUACCCAACAACAGCAGUAAAAUGAUUGUAAGAGCAGUUUUAACAGAUGAGUCACUUCCAACACGCUUGAACAAGGUAUGGCAUCACACAUUUGUAAUACUUUUUAAUUGUGUCAAUGAAGAAAUGCUAUCUUUGUUAUCUUUGUCCGCAUUAUGAUAAUAACCUGUUCAACAAAACAUUCAUAGAUAUUUGCUUCAAGCAAGAGGCUCUCCCACUCUCUCUUUUCACUGGGACUAAAGGUUGAACAUAGGAUUUAGUCAGACGUGCGUUACUUUUUCUUACACCUGCUUCCACAAAGUGCACUUGUUUUUUUGCAGCUUGUCAUGAAAGCUGUGUUAGAAAAGUUUCACAAAUGUGUGUUGAUCCAAACCAGAUGUUGAAAGUGUGUUGGAAAAGACGCCAGAGUAAACCAACGUGUAGCCAAUGAGACAAAGAGUGUGCAGUGACGUUAUUAGAUUGUACUUGCGGGUGAUUGCUUGAACCAGAACUCCUCAAAGUGGGAAUGUUCAAAUGACAUCUUAUUCAGACUGGAUUUAUGCCUGUAGGGGAGGGGGAGGGGUGAUUUCAACAUUACCUGCUCCAAUAAGUGAUUGGUGGAUGUGGGAAAUAUAUCAGCCCCACAGUAAUAAUUAUAGCCACAAUGACCUAAUGGUCCUCCUGUAAUUUAAAGCCCAUCCAGAGUGAUGUCCUUGUAUUUGAAAGUGGAUCUCUUGAGCAAGAGCUGCUUUUGCUUUUACUUUACAUAUUUACAAAUCACCUUGGUGUGAAAUUUGACUUUUGUGUGAAAAUUGAGGACGUCAAAAAUGUUAUCGCUAACCUGAUAGAUGGAAACAUGAUAACACCAAUUUAUAGGCCUCGCUGGGAACCAACAUGAUUUUGAGCUCUGUGUUUUUUAACAUUAUAUUUUGGCAGCUUGGCGCCAAUAAAAGUGAAUUAGCUACUAGCUGUUUGCAGAAGACCCACUGGAUGUACAGACAACCAACACUUUGAUACAAAAAACACUUAGAAACCUGAUGAUUCUCAGGCAUGUUCUGCAAGAUACAGGAGCAUCUUUUUUGUAUGAUUUCUAAGCAGAUUUAUGGACCUUUAUUUGUGAUGGACAUAUCCUCGGGACGCGUAACUCACACUGAAUGAUAUCAAUAUAUGUUUCCUGACUUAGUGAUCAGGUUUGACUGAGUUAUGACUCUGACAGGGAGUGAGACUUUUGUCCUGCUGAAUGUCCAUGUCUAUCACAAACCAUUUUCUGUAAUUUCACCAUGGUUAAAAUGGCGUCUUGAAUGAUGGGUUAAAUCACCAAAGAGCACAGUGAAUGUUUCACUCCCCACCUCCCCUCUGAUGUUAAUCCAGUCGGAAAGGGGCUUUUGAAAGUAAAGACAUGACAUCUUGAGGCAAUAUCAUGUUAGGAGGAAAGUGAUGUUCUCAGGCUCCCUGUGUAACUAUGGCAACCGCUGUGGAGCAGUGGUCACCUGAUGAUUGUGUCAUUCACCUGUAUCAUUAACUCAGCCUUCUCCGAUGGAAAGACCUUGAGUCUGUUUGACUGAUCCUUAAACCCUGUGUCCAUGCUGCAUUACAACACGGACUGGUUGCAAAAGGACAAUGGGUGUGUCUUCGCUGACAUAGUGACCCAUACGGAUGCCAAUGAUGGACAAAGCUAUGUUGGACUUCAUUAUGACAAAAGCAAUGUCCUGCCAUGGAGAGGACGUGAUGGAAUGGACAGAUGUUUCAAACUGAUUGGCAGCUGGAUAUUUUCUGGACUGCUGGACGUCUUGGUACUCAGUUUGGCAACCAAUGUGCACAAGAUUGGAUUCACACACGGAUGGAUAACCACAAUCCAAUCUUCCUUUUCUAAACCUCUGUGGGUAAAUUCACAGACAUAGAAAUCUGGUUUUGCGCCGAUCCAGACUUUGGAGCAGUCCAGGAGAUUCUCUGAUGAUGUCUUUGAUUCAUCUCAGACUGAGGUCUAAAACACGACCUUGUUCGAUUGAAUCCAGGCAAAAUUUGCGCCUGUGGACUGAGAGUUCGUCGAGGCUGAAGGACCUCCUUGAGAAAGCUCAAAGGUGACACCGAGCCGUUGAUGUUGUGGUUGAUGUUGUGGUUGAUGGUGUUUUUUGUUUACCUGAACUAAUAAGGUUAUAUAUCUCCAUGGUUACAGAGUGCCAUUUCUACUUGACAACUGUUACUACUUAGCAUUAGAUAGAGUUGUUCCUGCUCUGUGUGGGUGUGAACUUUCAACCAGAAUGACUGGAGAAAUGUUGUCAGAAAUCUGUCUGUAGCUCGGGUUCCCAAAGGCUCUCAGCUCUCGGAUCAGCCUCAUGAAGGGAAUGCAGCUGGUUUUGAUGCGACAUCUGUCACUUCAUUGAGGAUUUUUAUCUAAAUGCUCUCACAGCACCGGUUGACAGCGUCUGUAAGGGUCAAAACAGAAUGAAACUGUAGUAGAAGCCGACAAGGUAGGUCGGGACAACUUCAGCAGAAUUCCUGGAGUCACAAAGUGAGGGUGAGUUCCUACGUAGCUUCAUAGGUUCUGCAAGGCACCAGCAUUGCCAAGGUUUGGGGUUCACCUCCCGCUGAAGUUCAUGACACUCAAGAUAUCGAUACUCAUUGGGCUUUGAGGCAUUUAGGGGUUAAAUCUUCAACCUAAUGAUAAAGCUGGGAUGAUCUCCCUGUACGCGAGGCUGAUAUCAGGGCCGAGCUCACUUUUGGAAACCCGUUCUUUCUCUUUUUGUUGAGUUUUUCAUUAAAUGUCGGUGGACGAAAACAUUGAACAACAGUCCUCUCUCGGAGUUUCACACUGACUGGAUUCACACUGACAGGUCAGAUUUGGUUUCAACCCAAAAUUGACCCCAGUAUGAUUGCUUAAAAGCUAUAAUUGAUUAUUUGACUACCUUUAGUCCUCAGAUUACCUUUGAAAUUCUUAAAGUAAAGGUUUCAGACUUCUUUAGAAACUUUGGCUGCAAAUAAAGUUUAGUUUAUCAACCUCUACCGGUGAUCAGCUCCACUAGUCAAGGUUCCCUCCAGUAUAGCUAGGUAGAAAUAAUUUAUUUUACAUUGUUGUUACUGUCAACUUUUACGGUGGAAUGUUUUCUUGCGUGUUUCUCAAUGCAUGAGUUGACAGUGUUUGACACUUUAGUGGUGACUGGAUCUUCAAGUGCUUGAAUAAGUGUUCAUGAAAACUGCAAAUAUUCUACUUCAUCACUUGGAAAUAGAAUUAUAUAAGAAUAUUCUGGAUCUGCAUCUAAAAGACUCAAGAUUAAUAUCUUUACGUAUCACACACUUUAUCAUCCGACUGUCAACACUUACUGACCCAGACUGGAACAGAUUCAGUCCAACUUGAUGCCUCGGCUCAACAUUCAUAAUGGGUGAUCCCACCUUCAACUCUGUGGUAACUCAAAUUAUGUCCUUGUCUUCUCACCCCGAUAUCUACCCCCCAUUGGUGAUCUGAUUGUACUGUGAAGCAGUAUGCUAACUUAGUCACAAAGGUCAGUGACUGAAGACUACAUCUGGGCAUUUUUCUGCAAUGCAGUCAUCAGAUUGUUGGGGAGGGAUGGGAGGAAAUAUACAAGUCAGCUGAGUAGAAGAAGAGGUGGAGGCGGCAGGUAUUUAGUGCACCUUGGGUGAAUUUCAGACACAUUAUCAUCGGCAGGUGAAAAGCAACAGCUUAUGUGGAAAUAACAGCAUCACAAGUUCUGAUUAUGGUUGCUAAUGGUGCAUCACUUUGCAGGUAUCCAGGCUAUAAAUGGAAAUCCAUCAUUAGAACACGCUGCAAGAGCUGUUCGGAGAGAUCCGAAAAGGUGUUUUUUUUAGAAGCUGUCAACAUCAUCAGUUUGGGCAUCAUGUGAACCUUAGUUCUGAGAGAGAGGGCUGAGGAGACGGUGAAAGGUGAGGAUGAGGUGGUUCCAUUAAUAUGAAAAAACCCACUUUGAUUCAGAAGCCCAACAAAAUAAAGGUUAAAGCUUCAAGUUUCAACAGAAGCUGAAACAACUAAAGUUUUUUUUGAGAUUCCUAGAUAUUGUCACAUCAGUCUAAUCUGGGUAACCAGUCAUUCAGAGUUCUGUCCUGUAAAACCUGCACUGACCCUGAAACGUGAACCCAGUCAACGUUUUUGACAACUCUGACUUUUGGCCUCAUUCAAUUUUUUACCAUUUUGGACCCUUUGAUCAACUUUCACUUGUUCUAUGAGGAGAUUUGAAGCAGCGCCACCAGUGUUGUUUGACAAAAUGAUUUAAUUUACUAAAACUUAAAGUAUGUUCCUUCUCUCGUAGGAGCCCCUCCCUCUGUCUAAAGAAUGUUUUCUCGUUAUCUCUUCUCUUCUGUCCUUCCUUUUUGCAUGAGGUUUCUGUCGGAGGAGUCGAAGGAAGCAGAGAAAAGAUCAGUCUUUAAAAUCCCUUAAUAUUACGAUGAUAACGAUGCUAAUUAUUAGUAUUAUCUAAUUAAUAGUGAGUGUGUAUGUGUGGAUGUACGUAUGUGUGUGACCUAACUAAACCAGCCUGUUCUAACAAUGUGUGAAGAUAUACUGAAUAAACUUGUCAAAUCUA